AUGACGGCCCCCACCGACGCCGAACUGGAGGGUCGGAGCUCCGAGGAGAUCUUUUCCCCAAAGCCGCACAUGCUGCGCCCGGAGCACGACGGCAGGGGCCUGCGGGAGCGCUGGUUCCGGAAGGUGCGGUCGGUGUUCUGCUGCCUGGCCCCCCCGGAUGGCGAGGCCCUGUACCAGCCGACGCCUGAGCCGGAGAUGGACGAGUGCGUGGCGGAGUUCGCCGAGCCGGGCAUCCCCCGCCCGCCCGCGCCCCCCGAGGGGUACUCCUCGUUCGUGAUCGGCCCCAAGGCGGAGGGGGACGCUAGGAAGAAGACGCUGGUGCUGGACCUGGACGAGACACUGGUGCACUCAUCGUUUAGGCCCGUGGAGCACCCGGACUGGGUGAUCCCCGUGGACAUCGACGGCAAGAUGGUGGACGUGUACGUGAUGAAGCGCCCCUGGCUGGAGCACUUCAUGCGGUCGGUGGGGUCCCGCUUCGAGGUGGUGGUGUUCACGGCCAGCCUGAGCAAGUACGCGGACCCGUUGCUGGACCUGCUGGACGAGGCCAGCGUGGUGCGGUGGCGGCUGUUCAGGGAGGCCUGCUCGCCCUACGAGGGAAAUUAUGUCAAAGACCUGAACCGCCUGGGGCGGGACCUGGCGUCCACGAUCAUCGUGGACAACUCCCCGCUGUCCUACAUCUUCCAGCCCGCCAACGCCCUGCCCAUCGGGGCGUUCAUGGGCGAGAAGGACGACCAGGAGCUCCUGGAGAUGGUGCCCCUGCUGAUGGACUUGGAGGGGGUGGACGAUGUGAGGGACUACCUGGCGCAGCAGUCGAACGGCUUCCAGAGGAAUGUGCUGGCCCAAGGGAUGUCCCUCGUACCCCUGGGCCAUGGCGUGGGCUCCGAAUUGUGCCAAUCCAAUUGA